UUUUCAAAAAAAGUAUAUCAAGGGAAAGAUGGAGAAUCGCACGAACUCUGCGACUUGUACUUGGAACCUGAGCAGUUGACGCCAUAACCAGAACCCUCGUUCCGCUGCGUUCGCUGUCGCUCAAGGUGUCGAGUAGUUUGGAUUUGCGGAGAAAAGUAGGAACAUGGCAUCUUCAGAUGAUGAGGAUGAGACUCAGCCGAUAUCUGUGUCGAAUUACUAUUUUGUUGAUGACAAAGAUGCGCUUGUUUCUUUUGCUGUGUUGCCAAUUCAAUGGAAUAAGUCCGAGAGUCUGGACGGGAAGAACGAGAAGGUGUUCAUCCACGGUGCUGCGGACAAUGGGCUGCAGACGAUUUUCAUGCAAGUCAUAGCGUGGAGCUUUGAUCUUUCUUACGUGAGGCCUGAGAUAUCAGUGCUAUCGAAGGAUGGGAAGUGGGUCAAACUUCAGAAGCCGAGAAAGAGCUAUGAGGAUACCAUAAGGACGAUUUUCAUCACCAUUCAUUUCCUGAGUCAUGUGAAGAGGAAUCCUGACAUAUCUGCUAAAUCUAUGUGGGAUAACUUGAGUAAGAAUAAGGAGUUUAGCUCCUAUGAGGUUAUGCCCUCGCAAAAUGAUUUGACAAACCAUGUUACUUUGAUGGGUGAAGCUGCCAAAAGGGAUGCUGACUUAGCUAAAUCCAAGCUUUUGCUCAUGGUGCUGAAGUUCAAGAAAAUUUCUGAUGAGGAAGCUAAAGAUUUAGCAAGACCUGGAUUUAUAUUCGACGAUAAUGACAAUGAUAUGAUUGAUGAAAUGGGUGAGGAGUCAGAUGAAGAGGAUGGAUUGUUUGAUUCUGUUUGUGCGAUUUGUGACAAUGGGGGCAACAUUUUGUGUUGUGAUGGAAAGUGCAUGAGGUCAUUUCAUGCAAAUGAGGAGGAUGGUGAAGAAUCUUCUUGUGAAUCUCUUGGUUUUACCCGAAAGGAAGUUGUUGAGAGCCAAAACUUCUAUUGUAAGAAUUGUCAAUAUAAUAGGCACCAGUGCUUUGUAUGUGGCAAGCUAGGCUGUUCUGACAAACUUUCUGGUGCUGAGGUCUUCAAAUGUGCUUCAGCAACUUGUGGCUUCUUUUAUCAUCCGCACUGUGUUGCAAAGUUACUUCACCGAUUGGUUGUGGAUGCUCCAACAGAACUUGAGAGAAAUAUUGCUGGUGGUGAACCUUUUACUUGCCCUACUCAUUUUUGUUGUGUCUGUAAAGAAAUGGAAAACAAGAAGGAGCAUGAGUUGCAAUUUGCUGUUUGUAGGCGUUGUCCCAAGUCAUUUCAUCGUAAAUGUUUGCCAAGAGAGAUUGGUUUUGAUGACAUUGAGGAUGAAGAUAUUAUAACAAGGGCUUGGGAAGGACUUUUACCGAACAAUCGCAUUCUUAUCUAUUGCUUAAAGCAUGAGAUUGAUGACGACAUCGGAACUCCUAUAAGAGAUCAUAUAAAUUUCCCAACUGAUAAAGCUGCUGUUCGAGAAAUUAAUACUGAGAAGACAAAACCUGCAACCAAGGACAGACUUAAAUUGAACAAGAACAAUGUUAAAUCAGACAGUCAAUUGGGUAAAAGAAGUGCUAAAUCAUCUAAACUUUCUGGUAAAUUUUCAUCUGAGAACGUUGGUAUCAAGAAGUCUGAAAAGAGUUUUGGAUCAAAUAUAUUAAGGAAGAAAGCAAUUGAAGCAUCAAGGCACUUGAAUGAAAGUAAGAGGUCAAUCUCAAAGGAAACUGAAAGGUGUGACCACGAGGAAAGCAAGCCCUCAAUGGGUGAUGAACUGUAUUCUAUCUGGGAGAAGGGAUUUAAGAAAACUAAUUCCGGCAGUCAGGUUGAUAAUGUAGCUAAGAAAACCCUGUCUGUUAAGCCUACUAAGAAAUUGAGUAGUGCAUUGCCUCCAUUAGAUGCAGAUUCAGAGAGGAGAUUGCUGACUUUGUUUGAAGAAGCUACGUCAUCAAUUACUUUGGAGAAUGUAAUAAAAACACAUAAAUUUGCUUCUACUCAUACUCACUCAUUGAAAAGUGUUGUGGAGAAGACCAUUACAGUGGGGAAGUUGGAAGGCUCAGUUGAUGCUGUCCGAACAGCUCUGAGGAUGCUGGAGGCCGGGCAAAACAUUCGGGAUGCAGAAGCUGUUUGUGGCCCCGAUGUUCUACAUCAGAUAUUUAAGUGGAAGGACAAGCUGAAAGUAUACAUGGCACCAGUUCUAAAUGGUAAUCGCUACACAUCAUAUGGUCGCCAUUUUACACAAGUGGAAAAACUGGAAGGGAUUGUUGAUAAACUGCAGUGGUAUGUUCAAAAUGGCGAUACAAUUGUGGACUUUUGUUGUGGAGCUAACGACUUCAGCACUCUUAUGAAGAAAAAGCUUGAAGAGACGGGGAAGAAAUGCUCAUACAAAAACUAUGAUUUACUUCCAACAAAGAAUGAUUUUAAUUUUGAGAUGAGAGAUUGGAUGAGUGUCCAGCGAAAGGAGUUGCCUGAAGGGUCGCAAUUGAUCAUGGGCCUCAAUCCUCCCUUUGGGCUAAAAGCUGCUUUGGCUAACAAGUUUAUUAACAAGGCUCUUGAGUUUGAACCAAAGCUCAUGAUUCUUAUCGUACCACCAGAAACAGAGAGGCUAGAUAGAAAACGGUCUCCGUACGAUCUUGUGUGGGAGGAUAAGAAGUUUCUAUCAGGCAAGUCAUUUUAUCUACCUGGAUCUAUUGAUGCUAACGACAAGCAAAUGGAACAAUGGAAUAUAACGACACCCCCACUCUACCUUUGGAGCCGCCCGGACUGGACUGUUAAGCAUAAGGGCAUAGCCAAAGAGCACGGUCACCUGUUCAGCCAGCAUGAAGUAUCAAACAUGGAAAGCCCUGAUAAUGAAGAAGCACCUGCUAGUCAUACUAUGGAUGACAAGGAUGGAAAUGAUGUCAUGUUGGGUCAUGAUUCCUUGAGGUUAACUGAUGAUGAAGAUCACACAUCAUCUAUGAAUGGAGGGCAGAAAGGAAGCUCGGCUCUUGGUAGUACCGAUCGACAGAGUCAAUGGGUGAGCAAGGCUGACAGUGACAAGUCCUCCUGGAAGAGGAAACGAACUGAGGAAAAUGAUGGAAGAGCUGUGACCUCACCAGCCAAAAGGCAGGCUAUAAAUCAAAUGCAUGAGGAAGAACUGGACCAUAGCAUAUCUCAUCCAAUUGAUAGAGGACCCUCCGUUGAAGGUUUUCAGCCCAAAUCUUAUUUGCUACCCCCGUAUUCUGAGGCUGGUGAUAGUGGUUAUGGGCAUUUAGAGCCGAGCUCUUUUGGGGUAGCCUAUGUUGGGACCCAAAAGUACCUGAGAGAAUCAGAGAUGAGGCAACAGAGCGGGCUUUACGGGCUGCAGAAUCCUGAUUCUAUGAGGAAUGAUUAUCUAUCUGGACAUGAUCCUGCUUAUAACUUAGGAUCUAGUUAUUUGCCUCCUGGUUCAGUAUCCGAGCCACCGUACAUGAUGACUGCACCAGCUAUGCAACGUUAUGCACCUCGCCUUGAUGAGUUAAACCAUGUCAGCAGGGUGGAUCCUUUGAGGCCUGAACCUCCUAUAAUUGGUCGAAUUGGCGCUUCUGAACAUACAUUGCCCCAACCUGGAAAUGGAAAUGGACUGCCGGGUUUUGCAACUGGUUCUCACCAAUUUUAUUCACGUCGGAAUUCAUCAGGUCGGUUCAAUAGGUAAUUUGAAUGUCCACAUCUCAGUUUUCCUCCUUUACUUUUAGAUGAAGAUGAUAUUAUGCUGUACAGAUGAUAUUAGGAUGGAACCUGUUGUACAUAGAAUCCUUGGUUGUGGCCCUCUUAUACAUCCUUCGAGGAUCGUAGGUCUUUAAUGCUACUCUUCAACCUAUUUCCUUCAUUUUCUUCCAUGUUUCUGGUGGUUUCUUUGUCCCAUAUGGUCAGUGUAAUUGGAUAGUCUCAUAGUCACAUGUGGAUGUAGUACCUAUAGUUGACAGAUCUAGUGUCCAACUAAAUUGUUUUUUUUUUCUGCUUUAGUUGAUCUGGACAGUGAAGAUGAAGAAUUUGGAUUCUUUCAAUCCAAAUCUCACUCAAUCCAAAAUCUGAAUCGUUGAAGUGAAAUGGAACCAGUAAAUCAGCUAUAUUUGUAGUC